AUGAAUUGGAUUGUUUCGAUUCACGUUUCUGCUGCUCCCAUUCGCGUUUCUGGUACACCGAUUCACGAAGACGAUGAAUUAGAUUGUUCCGAUUCACCACAAAUGAUUCUAAAGUGGGAAGUACUUCAAUUUAGUUUUGCGGAUAAGUUUAGAGAGGGGAAACCUGUUACAGGGAGGAGGUUGGAGGAGAUGAGGCUACAUUCUGAGAUUAAAACCUGUUAUAGUGGGUCAAGUGACUUUUUUAAGAGGUCAAACGAUAGUUUAUUCCCUUAA